AUGGCCAGAGGGAAGUGCCUUUGGAAUUUUUCCUACAACAAUACUACUCUCUUUCUUUGCUUUUUCAGUAUUGCUGUUCUUGCUCUCUUCGUUUUUCGCUCUCUUUAUGCUUUUCUUUCUAUUCACUCUACUAACAUUUCCCCACAAGCUGUAUCAUAUAGCCCGGAUCAGAUUCGGAAAAUGGAAGAAACACUGCGAAUCCGCAUGGCAUAUAAACCAGUGGAGUUAAUUAAAUCGGUGAAGCCUUUAGAAGGGGAAUUUUCAAUAGAGAAUUUGGUGGUUGAGUUGCCGCAGUACAUGAAGCAGAAAAUAGUUGAUGAGAUUUUGCAUAGACUAAGGAGCUUGAACUCCAGUAGCACUGGCAUUGCUAAGGAACGAGAAGUUAUUGAAAGUUGGCGCAAGGAAAAACUCGAAGAGGUUAGGUUGGCUCAUGUGAAGGGGAGUUCUAACUUUACCAUCUCUCAUGAAGAGACUGGUAUGCUAUUAAGAGCUUUGGAGUCUGAUUGGAAUGUGUUUUGCGAAGAGGUCGGCCUUUUGAUACCUGCUCAAGUCGUUAAAGAAGAACAUGACAAAUCCAAGGGCAGAGAAGAUUUUGAGGAGGAGGUUCUUCCUGGCAGACCGCUUCCAUCUGAGUGUCAUGCAGAACUUCACACCGACUACGAUGGUACUGCGGUAAGAUGGGGUCUUAACCAUCACAAAGAUAGUGCAGCUGAAUGCUGUCAGGCUUGCUUGGAUCAUGCAAGACAUGCUAAAGAGGAUGAAAAGAAAUGCAAUAUUUGGGUUUAUUGUCCAUCUGAGUUUGGGUGUCAUUCUCCAGACAUCUAUCAACACAAACAUCAAGAAUGCUGGCUGAAAUAUGAUGAGAAACCUCAACUAAAUUUUAAAAACAAGUAUCCUGAAUCAUAUCAAAAGUCAUACCCGUCAGCACCAGUAGUUGUUCCAUGGGUCUCUGGAGUUGUUAGCUUAUGA